AUGGCAGCUCAAACUGGAGGCUACAACUGCAAAUGGAUUGAUAAUCCCUCCGAUGAUCUUAGAUGUCAGAUCUGUAAGCUAGUAGCGAGGGAGCCCCAGCAGCAUGGAGGAGAUGAUGGGUGUGGCCAGAUCUUUUGCAACAGCUGUAUAACAGUACAUCAGAAGACUAAUAAUAUCUGUCCAAAUUCAUUAUGCGCGGAGCAACUAAAGAGUCUGUUCCUGGAUAAAAAAAGUGUUCGCCAUAUCAAUGCUCUGAAAGUGAAGUGCAACAAUAUGGAUAAUGGCUGCAAGUGGGAUGGAGGAGUAUUAGGCAAGCUAGAUACGCACCUAAACACAUGCGACUACGCUCUAAUACCUUGCGACAACAUAUGUACAAAGAAUGGCAGUAAGGUAAAGAUUUUAAGAAAGGAUAAGAAAGACCACCUCACCAACCACUGCCAGAAACGUCAGUACCAGUGUCCACACUGCAAAGAAAUGGGGGAAUACCAGGAGAGGACCAGCACCCACCCCAAGACAUGCCAACAAAUCCGUGUAUCCUGCCCCAAUGCCAGUCACGCAGGAAUAAAUUACAACUGUAAAGCUUUUUUUCCUCGUUGUGAACUACUCGCCCAUAGAUCCACCUGCCAAUAUGAGUUAAUGUCCUGCAAGUACGCUGAGGUUGGGUGUCAAGAAAAUCCUCUUCGCAAAGACCUCAAGAGACACGAGGAAAACGAUCAGCUUCACCUGAGAGCCACAACUGCCAAAGUUCUCGAGUUGACACAGCAACUAAAUGAAACUGUGGAACAAUUAACAUUUAGAUUGGAUAGUUUCCCACGGCACAAAAAUGGCAGAACUACAUUCUAUAGUGGUUUACUCUGCACAUCUCACAAAGGAUACAAAUUUCGAAUUCAGGUCUAUGCAGGUGGUAAUGGCUCUGGAGAAGGCACUCACGUUUCCAUCUACGCCUGCCUAAUGAAAGGAGACCAUGAUCAUGAUCUCUUCUGGCCAUUUUUAGGAGAAGUCACUUUCGAGCUGCUCAAUCAGAUCGAGGACAAGCAGCAUCAUAAAAUGACUGUACAAUUCGAGGACAACGAGAAUAGUCAGAGAGUGGUGGAAGGUGAAGGGGGUAUAAAAGGAUGCGGCAUACCACAGUUCAUCACACACACUGUCCUCGAGUACAGUCAGGCCAAGAAUUGUCAGUACCUGAAAGAUGAUGCUCUAAUCUUUCGAGUUUCAGUGCAACCACCAAGCUACAAGCCAUGGUUACAGUGUAACCACGAGUGACACAAAACAAUUAAUAAACAACUUUAACAGCACAUACAUUUAUGUAAUAUAAUAACUACAUAAUUAUGUAUAGUAUUAUCGAAUAGCGGGUUAUUUUGUAUGC